AUGUCGCACUUACAGACACAUUCAGGGGAAGAAGCCCCACAGGCAACAGAACCUCUUACUCGCACCCCUUCCAAUUCCGGAUCAAACACCAGUACAGCCAACGGCAAUGGACAGAAACCUGCGGGGCCACGGCUUCCCCAAGCGAUCGCGCAUCGUGGGUAUAAAGCCGCUUUCCCCGAGAAUUCCAUGGGAGCUUUCCAAGGAGCUGUGGACGUCGGUGCACAUGCGAUCGAGACUGAUUUGCACUUGACCAAAGAUGGGGUUGUCGUACUUGUACAUGAUCCGUCCCUCAAACGAUGUUUUGGCAUAGACAAAAAGGUUUCGGAGUGUGACUGGGACUACUUGAGUACGUUGAGGACUAUAAGGGAGCCACAGCAAUCAAUCCCGAGGUUGCAAGAUCUGCUAGAGUAUCUAGGGCAACCUGGUUUAGAGUCGGUGUGGGUGUUGUUGGAUAUCAAAAUCGACGACGAUCCGGACGUCUUACUGAGCACCACAGUCAAAACGAUUGAAUCUGUGCCAACGACACGAGCCUGGAAUGAGAGAGUAGUCCUCGGUUGCUGGAAUGAAAAUUACAUCAACGUAGCCAAAUCCUACUUCCCCUCCUACCGAUUCGCCUACAUCGGCUUCUCCCUCCCUUACGCCUCCCGUUUCCUCUCCGAAGCCCACUCCAACGUCGACUUUAACCUCAUGCAGCACAUGCUCGUCGGUCCCAUCGGCGCCCGCUUCAUCAGCAAGAUCCGCAAGGCGCAACGGAAGCUCUACAUAUGGACGGUUAACGAGGAACGGUGGAUGGAAUGGGGGAUACGUAAAGGGGUGGAUGGUGUCAUCACGGAUGAUCCAAAGUUGUUUUUGGAGGUUUGUGAGAGGUGGUCAGAGAAAGGGAAGGAGCAAGUAGGGUCAGGUCCAAACAGGGGAGGAGAAUUGAAGAAUGUCCAGAUGCAUGUAAAUGCGUUCAUGCUGCAGAUCUUGGCGGUUAUGUUUAUUUGGGUUUAUUGGCCAAGGUUGGCAACGAAGGGAAAGAGGAAGCAUGAUAAGGAAGAGCCUACGACGGUGGUAUGA